AUUCAAUCAUUAUCUAUUCGGUAAUAGAAAUCAAUUCCCAUAGUUACUACUAUUUGUUACUUAAAUAUGUAACUACCUAGAUAAUUAUGAAUUCUAUGUUCCCUCUCUCGCUCUCUCGCUCUCUAAAGUGUCCAAUUUAUAGAUUAGAAAAUUUAAUCUAUAUAAAAACUGGUUUAUCAUUUACCUUAAUCCAUCCGUCUAGUUGAUGAAAGGAUAAUCAUAAUGAUGAUGUUUAAGCUAUGGAUUAUAUUAUUACAUUUAUUACAAUAUCUAACUGUAAUUUAUACUCAAUAUGUGAAUAAAGACGCCUAUACAUGUCCAUAUUUAUGGAUGCAAUGGAAACAGAAACGUACAUUAGGUUGGAUAUGUGGUUCUGUAUCAUAUUUACAAACUAAGGUACCAGGUGUAAAAUUUGAAAAUGAUUGUUGUCCAGGUUAUGAAAAAAUUGAAUUAUUAGAUAAUAAAUGUGCUUUUAUUGAUCGUUCAUGGCAACCAAUUAUUGAUCAAUUAAGAGAUCAGAAGAGUUUACAAAUAGCACAAAGUUUAUCAAAAGGCAAUAAUUUACAAGAUUUAUCAUCGAAUUCAACAAAAAAUGUUUAUACAGUAUUUGUACCACAACAAGACGAUGAUAUUGUAUCGAAAGAGAUUGAUUAUGUCAGUGAUACUGAUGCAGUAGGCACAAUGGUCUCUUCUGGUCGAUGGUAUUCAAAGGAAUUUCAUAAUGGUCAAAAAAUUCCAACCACUAAAGGUACUAAUAUAAAAGUGACAACUUAUUCUAAUGGUUUAACUUUCUUGGAUUGUAAAGCAUUACUAAGUCCAGAUCAUGAAGCAUCAAAUGGUUUAAUUCAUCGAAUAGACGGAGCUCUUCCACCGACAUAUAAAUAUCCAACAGUUUUAAAACGUUUAAAUGCUGAAUCUGAUCUAACAGCAUUUGUUCAAAGUUUACCUCAAGAUAUAAAAACAAAAUUAGAUGAACCAAAUUCAAUUGAUUGGUAUACAGUUUUUGCAGUACCAAAUAAUGUUUGGAAUAAGAUAACAUCAGGAAUUGUUUCAACAGAAAUCAAAGAAUCUUUAGCACGUCAACAUAUCAUGAAUAAAAUGAUUUGUUCAGAUGCAAUUGUUAAAAAUACUAAACGUGUUGGUCCAACCUUGGCUGAAACUUAUAUUGGUAUUCAAAGAAAUUCUAAUGGAAAUUUAAUUAUUAAUGAUAUAUGCAAUAAACAAAUAGCUAUACAACGUACAGAUUUAAUGUCUGGUACUGGGGUUAUACAUAUUAUUGAAAAUUCAAUAAGUAGCUUGGAAUCAAUGAAGUUAAAUGAAGCUCUUGAAUGCUUAGAAAAUAAUCCUUCAUUAGGUGUUAAACAAGCUGCUAGUGAAAUGCGUAAAUGUCAAAUGAAUCUUGGAACUGGUCGUGAUAAUGUUAUACUUUUAUCGAAUGAUGGUGCUUUCCAAUCUAAAUUCUAUAAAGAGAAUAUGAAACAAAUUCAAUUAGAUAAAUGUAAAUUAUAUUUACAUCAUUUAUUACAAAUAAAAAAUCCACAAAAUAUUGAUGCAUAUAAAACUGGGUUUAAUCAAGAACAAGAAUUUACAACACAAUAUUCUACAUUAGAUGGAUCUAAAUAUUCGGUUUAUAGUAGAUAUAUUAAAACAAGACAUGGGACAAAAUUAACAUUUAAUCAUGCUGAAGCGACAGAUUUACAUCCAAUAAAAUUUCAUGAUGGAGUUAUACAUAUUGUAAAACAAGUAAAUUUACCACCUCAAGGGGAUAUUUCUUCAUUGAUUCAACAAAAAUCAAAUACAAAGGAAAUCUUUACGAAAUUCAUUUCAACUAAUUUUCGUCAACAAUUAAAUCAACAUUCACCAAAUGUUCUAUUUUUGGCACCGAUUGAUUUAGGUUGGAAAACAAGAAAUUUAGAAAAUUCUUAUUCAGUUGAACAAAAUCGUAAACUAUUACAACUACAUACUAUUCCACAUGGAUUUUUUGGUAGUGAUGAUGGUUUUAUUGAACGUGGUAGUGUACUUGAAGUUGAAUCACUUUUAACGGAUUUACAAGGGAAAAAAGUAAAAUUAUUAAUUAAACGUACUCCAGAUGGUAAUACUUUUGUUGGUCAUAAAGAUCUUAAAGAAGAAUUAUGGGUAAUGCUGAAUUUCUUUUAUUCUAUAUGACAUUGUUAGUUAUAUAUCUGUUCAUUAUGAAAUUUCCUUGAAUAUUAUUGUCCAUACAUAUAUAGUCUAUCUAAUAUGGUGUGUACUACUGAUGUCGACAGAUAUAAGUAGUAUGUAUCAUCUAUUGAUAGUGGAAUGUCUGAUGGAAGAAAGUUGAUAAAAUGGAAGAGAAGGAGAAUAGUGAGUGAUUCGUAUGUAGAUGGCGUUGAUUCUCGACUGACUAUGAUCACCCCUACGCACCCAAAAUCGACUUGGUUCCUUUGAUAGCUCGUAAACCAGAAGGCUGUAAUUAGUCCAGAUAAAGUAUAUUUAUUAGCGAUCUCGUGGUAUCGAAAGAAUACCGAGACGUGCCAACGAGUACAGGCAAUAAAGGCAGAGUACAAGAAAGUUCGAGCGAACAAGAUGGACAGAAGAACGAGAAGUGAUUUUGAUACAGUUAAACAACAUUGAGUACAGUAAAACAAUCACUGGUACAAUUGGUUAUAAUAAUAAUUGUUUCCAUUAUACCAAUCGCGUUCUCGUCGAGAAAAGCAGGUCACUGCAGGUAUAAAAAGGAAGGAAAGACAAAAUCUGAGACAAUUGAUAGAUAUUUUGCAAAUGAAUUAUUUACUGUACAGUUCUCAGAUUUUACCAAGAUUUUCUGUAAUAAUGCAUUAAAAUACAUUUAGUGGUCCUCGCUCAUGUUUUCGUUCACUACACUAAUUUUGAUGAGAUAAUGCUAAGUAACUAAACUAACCUAGUUUCUAGACUACCUAGAACUCAAUUUUUUGCAGUAUAACUCAAUGUUGACCAGGCUAAUAAGUAAUGUUUUAUGGUGUAAGAGUAGGUUGGAAUAAAGAUAGGGGCGGCCAGCCUAAAACGUGGCACAAAUCCAUGAAGUCACUGACAAGUGGACUGAACCAUGUUGGUAGGUGUAGACUACCUGGUUGGGAUUCGCGAGAUGAUAGCAAGCGAUGGUUAGAGACCUUGAAUGACAUGGCUCGAAAUCGUUUACAGUGGCGAAGGUGCAUCCACUCUUUGUGUUCCUCCAAAUUCUAAUCCUCUGAAUUCUUCAUGUCCCUAUCCUUUUUCUCUUUCCAAAUUUAUUCCACUGGAUUAUACUUCUUCAAUAACAUCUUCAAACCCUAAUCUUUCACAUAAUGCUUAUACUCUUACUACCUCUACCACUAUGUGAUUUGAAUCGACAUCUGCAUCUCUGUGUUAAUGUGGUAUGGCAACUCGAACUGAUGUACGUACGUACGUACGAUGUUCUACGUUGUGACUGACUGACUGAGACUAAUAAGCCAAACUAGCCAACUUUAUUAUUAUUUCAGUAAUGUAUCCAAUUUAAAUCACUAACAGUAUUCAUACAUCUAAGUGAUUCGCUUGUUUUUGUGUUUUUUUUUCCCUGUAUGUUUAUUCUUAGUCCAUGGUGAUUGAUUGGAACAAGGUUGGAGAAGAUGGUAUUCUUUGGUUCAUCGACUGGCCAAUGAAAUGUCCAGAACAAUUAUGUUAAAACUUUAUUCAGUGUUUCAAUAACUUAAUCGCAAACUGACUAGUCUAUUAUUCCUUAUCAAUCCUGUUUUUUUGUAAAAUAUAGUUUAGUUAUGU